GUUGCGCGCUUCAUCAGAGCGCUGCAGCUCGAGGGAGGCGCUGGCGGCGCUGGAGUCUCUCCGUCUGUGUGGAUGUUCGCUGAUAUGGACCGAGUUCACUCAGCUCCUCUUCAUUCGCGCCGUUUAAAGAGGAUUCGAGAUGUGUUCUGAAGUCCGGGGUCACCUCAGCCUCGUGUUUGUGUCUCUGGUGGGAUAAGCUGAAGUUGGGCGCGUAGAGGGGGUCUCUUUGCUUGGAUCAGUCCAACCACCUGUUCAACGUGCCUGAAUGGAAACUAUGUCACCUCAGCAGCAAAUAAACAUCAGCCAGAGUCGCUCCUCGUCCCUGACGGAGGACGCCAAAAUGGAAAACAGACGGCAGAGGAUAAAGGCCCUGUCUUACCGCAGGCAGUCUGCUCCUUCUCUGGUCAUCAGCAAAGCACUGACCAGAUCCAGAACAAUGUCCAGGGAGAACUGCCUCUCUCCGGUCAGCCCAGAGACCUGCCUCCUUGUGCAGUCCUAUAUGGCCCCGUCACGGAUGUUUAUCUCUCAUGCCUAUGCCCAGCUGAAGACUGGCCUGCAGACGCAGGAGAGACACAUGUUCCUCUUCACCGACAUCCUGCUCAUCAGCAAAGCCAAAUCUUCUACAAACUUCAAGCUGAAGGCACAGGCACGUGUUUGUGAGAUGUGGAUAGCGAACUGUAUGGAAGAAGUCUAUGAGGGAAGUACCAGUCCUGAAAAAAGCUUUGUCAUGGGAUGGCCCACUUGCAACUGUGUGGCCACAUUCAGCUCAGUAGAACAGAAGGAGAAGUGGCUCUCCCUUAUGAAAAGUCGGAUAAAAGAAGAGAAAGAAAAAGAUCAUCCAAAAACAAUCCCUCUUAAAGUGCAUGCCAAGGACUUGGGGAACUUUUCACAUAAAACCAUUGCUGUGAGUAACACUGACAGCGCCAAUGAAGUUACUCGUCUAGCUCUGCAACAGUUUGGCAUUGUGGGUUGUGUGAAAGACUACCAGCUGUGGGUGAGUUCCAGAAAAGACAACGCUCCGUACCCUCUCAUUGGUCAUGAGUUUCCUUUCAGUAUACAGAUGAGCCAUAUUCGAGAGCCACUGGGUCAAACAGGUGACAAGAGUGAUGCAGUUAGUCCGCCUGACAAAGACGUGGAGUUCCUUUUCGAUCAGUUACAGUCAGACAGUCAGUGCCAAUUCAUCCUGAAGCCAAGCAGAGUGGCUGUGGGCCACUCCUUUGUGGUCGAUCCAGACCAGAAGCCGUUCAAGAGACGGCGCUCGCUCAUCAACUGGGCUUUUUGGCGUGGCUCUACCACUCAGCUGGAUGACUCACCUCCAUCACCGCUUCUUCCCACCACUGGUAGGCUCUUUGGCCUGCCGCUCAGUGUGGUGUGCAUGGAAAACAGCCUCCCCAGGCCCAUCAUGGACAUGUUGGUGUUUCUGUUCCAAGAGGGGCCGUUCACAAGGGGAAUCUUCCGGCGCUCUGCCGGGGCCAAGGCCUGCAGGGAGUUGAGAGACAUACUGGACUCUGGAAUCCAGGACAUUCAGCUGACCCGUCAAUCCAUCUUUGUGAUUGCUGCUGUCUUCAAGGACUUCCUGCGGAGCAUUCCAGGCAGCCUGUUACUGUCAGAGUUCUAUGAGAAGUGGAUGGCCACCAUGGAUAUGUCUGAUGAAGCAGAUGACAACCAACUGAAGGCCAUUCAAAGUUUGGUGGCGUCUCUUCCCCCUGAGAAUAUCCUGCUUCUAAAGCAUGUUUUGGCAGUGCUGUAUAGCAUCCAGCUCCGUGCCCAAGACAACCAGAUGAAUGCCUUCAACCUUGCCGUUUGCAUUGCUCCCAGCAUGCUCUCUUCUCCUGCACCCAGCAGCCCUGAGAUGGAGGGAGAAGGUGCCAAAAAGGUCUGUGACUUGGCACGGUUAAUGAUUGAAAAUUGCAAGGCAGUAAUGGGAGAAGAUGUGACCACACUGUUUGAUGGGUUUCCUCAAAGAUGCAGUAUAGAUGGUCAUGGUUCAGAUGUGUCCUCUUACCAGAUGACAGACUCUUCGUAUGACAGUCUUGAGAAUGAACUGAAUGAUGACUCUGGAUCACCCUUCCAGCCCAUGCAGAGGUCGCGAGGGAAGCCAGACAGUCGCAGCUGUGACUCAGUGCUCACCCUCAGUGACUGUGACCUGGACCAACCUGAAACUGACCCAGACAACACCCUUUCCACUCACCUCUUGCUUCCCCCACUAACCCAUCCUGUAAAAACUAGCCCAGCAGUGAGCCCGUCCUCUCCUCGCCCCCAUUCCCCAUGUGAGGUACCUGUUUUGUCACAGGGAAUUCGUCAGCUGAGACGUUGUUCUGAGCCCGCCAUCUGGAACGCAACCUCAUCUUUGAGCAAAUACCUGGAACAGAGGGGGAACCGAAAGGGCAGCUAUGACGGUGCAACAAGCCAAGGCAAAAGCGAUGCAGCCGAGAUGUUUGCCAAACAUUUGAAAAAUCUGAGGUUGGACAAGCAGGACAGCUCCAGUCAGAGGGGUCAGAGUGAGAGGGUUGUCCCCCGACGACGAAAAGAGCAACUUAAACCUCCGCCUCUGCAUCUAGACGCCAGCUGCUCAAGUCUUUAUUCUCCCGCGGCUUCCCCAACACGAUCUUCAAUGAGCUCCCUGGAUAGUGCUUUCUCUCAGCACUCGGCCGACUUUGCCAAACCUUGCUCCCAACCUGUAGGCAGCUUCAAGGCAAUAGUGAGUUCUUCUCCCCGAUCUCCUGGCAUUGUGUCCACACCUUCACCUGGCCCAACACUUCCUUCUCCAAAGGAAUCUCCACCUAAAGAGAAAUUUGAUUGGAGCCAACUGAGGAGCAGUCAUGGGCUACACCCAAAUACCUGGCUCAAGAAAGACCACAGACUCUCCUUGUCGAAGGACAGAAUUGGCCUGGAAGACGAGGAAACUGGGGAUCCACAUCUCCAAUCUGAGGUUUCCUCCAAGAUGGGCCACAGCAAGGAAAAGAGAGGUCAAGAGUCGAGCAUUUCAACUUCUAUGAAAGGGUCAAACAGCCCUCCUUCCUAUGAAGAAGCCAUGCUACAGACACAGCACAGCAGGUCAGUUUAUUACCCUGCCUCAGAGAAACCACUGACAGUCAAAGAACUGAGAGAGCUUCACAACCAGGCCUGUUCAGUGCGCAAGACGACAAGGUGUUUUCAAAAGAGCACAUAUAACCCGACAGCAGGUGAGAACAGCAACCUGCCGAAGUCGUUGUUCUAUGGGCAGAGUGGUCGAUGUUUGGCAAUGCACAGGCAGAAAUCAUACUCCCUCAUUCCUGUCGAAGAGAAGUCUAAUGGAUGUCCUUCCAGUCAGCGACGAGCAUCUGAACCCGGAGGGACUUGCCUAGGGCUGGACAGAGAAGCUGCAAAGAAUCUGGAGCAUCUCCAUAGGCAGGCUAUAGGAAGACAAGAUGGAAGUUCACUCUCUCACCCUCAUGGACUCAAGGUGUCCGAUGUGGAACCUCAUGACAAGGCUAGUGAACCCCGGUUUUGCUUGUCCCCUGCUGCAACAAAGGCUGUAAGGGACUAUUUCUCUUUCCACGGAGGUGAAGACCCCCAGAGUAAUCUAAAGAAGAGUCAGGAAGUGGCACUGGCUGUUGUCCAUGGCAAACGGGAAUGGAUGAGAAGGUGCAGUGACCCACGGCUGGAGGACUUCGAAAAAAUGCUUUUUGCGGAGGAGUCUUACGUUUAAGUGACUGGCCGUUUCCCAGAUUCAGUCCUGGAGUGUUUCUCCCUGCUUUGAUCACACCUGAAUACAUCUGUUAAUUUUUAAUUGUACACCAAUCAGGCAUAACAUUAAACCACCUCCUUGUUUCUACGCUCAUUGUCCAUUUUAUCAGCUCCACUUACUAUAUAGAAGCA